ACUAGCGUGACGUUCCAGCAGUCAGGCAAAAAAAUGGCUUGGCGAGGACCGUCGCGUUUAUUAGAGGGAGUGUCCGAUUCUAUCGGCGUACCCUUGAUGCAGAUAAAUGUGAUAUCUGCAGAGAUCCUUGCCCUCAUCUUUGCGUUUGCUUAUCGCCGUUACCUGUGUCCCAUGAAGGUUUCAGUGUUUACCAGACAGUUAUCUGCGGCCAGUCUGGGAAUGUGUUUGCUGUAUUUCGUGUAUGGAAGUGAGUGUAUCCAUGUGUUUAUACACGCGGGUCUCUGCUACACAGCCUUGCUGCUGGCCCCCACAUCCAUUAUUCACAUAUUGACAUUUCUGAUAGCAAUGUCCUAUCUAAUGUGCAUACACCUGAGGAGAGUCCUGACUGCAGACCUAGAGAAAUACCCUCUAGAUGUUUCAGGCCCACUCAUGUUGACCACUCUGAAAGUGACCAUUGUAGCGUUUGGGUUACACGAUGGUUUUCACCGCAAACCGGAGACACUCAUAGAAAACCACAAGAGGCAUUCUCUACGGAGAAAGCCGUCAACUUUAGAAUACUUCAGCUACAUAUUUUACUUCCAAAGUGUUGUGGCUGGGCCGCCAUCUUUUUACUGUGACUAUCAAGACUUCGUGAAAGGAGAAAACAUCCACCUCCCAGUCAACCCACAGAGUGAUAUGGAAAUAAACUCAAACGACAGAAAAGAUGGAGAUAUCAACACUGAACUUGAGAAAAAUUCAAAGAAAAUCCAUCGUCUUCCACCGUCUCCUAUCAAACCUGUGUGUCUUAAACUGUGUGAAACUUUAUUCUGGAUUUGUGUACAUGUCUUCAUAGCGCCAAGAUUUCCUGCCUUGCUCAACUCAGAUCCAGUGUUCAUUGCCUCCCACGGGGUUGUGUACCGAAUGGGGUACGCCGUCAUCUCUAUGACCUGUUGUAAGGUCAAAUACUACCUCAUCUGGACCAUGGGUGACGCCAUCAACAAUGCCUCAGGGUUGGGUUUUAAUGGUUUUACACCAUCUGGUAAGCCGAAAUGGGAUCUCAUCACAAACAUCAAACCCUUCGAGCUGGAACGAUCAACUAGUGCCAAGAUGUUUAUAGACAACUGGAAUGUCCAGACAGUUUUGUGGUUCCGGUACAUUUGUUACACACGGAUUCCGUUCCAGCGCACACUGUUUACAUUUAUAUUAAGUGCACUCUGGCACGGCUGUUUUCCGGGGUACUACUUCACGUUCCUCUCUGGAGCGUUUAUGAUCCAAGCUGCCAGGAUGGUUCGGAGGAAAGUUCGUCCGUUCUUCUUGAAGUCAACAUCCCUGAAGAAAUUUUAUGAUUUCCUGACGUUCCUUUUAACACACAUGGCUUUGGCCUAUACGGGGGUCGCAUUCAACGUCCUUUAUUUCAACGAAUCAAUGAUAUUUUAUAAUAAUAUGUACUGGUGGUUACACAUUGCCGGUUUGGUCGCGAUGCUGUUUUUAACGUUGUUACCCGCCCAACCCCGACAACAGGACGACAAAGUCACGAAGAAUGGACACACGUUAGAGAAAGUAAAAUCCAGUUAGACAUUUAUAUUUACUCUAUUUUUAAAUCACAUCUGUUGUGAAGGUGCCGUUAUUUUCAGGUAAAAUAUAUUUUUAUAUUUCAAUUCAUUUUUGUGUGUAAAUACUGCUAAUUCAAUAUUUUUUGCUGAAUCUAACUGUGAUGUUGCUUAUCAAAUACGAUGAAAAACAUUGUCAUCUGUAUGAUUUAUUUGUUCUGAUAGUACAGUGGUUUUUAUGUCGGAUGGUACAGUGUGUCAGUAUACAAACAGAGACAGUUAGCUUAGUAUUUUGAAGCAAUUUCGUCAGAUAAUACAGCAUGAAGUUAAAUAUCAUUAUCACUAAAUUAAGUGUGUUUUCAAAAUCCUGUCUAAUAUGAGCAUUUAAUUUUUUUGGUUUUUGUCUGAUUAAGACAGGUUCUACUUUGCAUAUUUCCGACUCGUCUAGAUGUGUUUGUCAGUGUUGGUUUCCGAUUUAGACAAGUUCUACUUUACAUAUUUCUGUCUCGGCUAGAUGAGUUGGUCAAUGUUGUUGUCAGCUAGCUAGAUUCUUUCCCGCAGUUUUUAUACCAAACUUUAGGGGAAACAAAAUAAAGAAAAUCAGUUACGGGUUUCAUGUAUAUAUAUAGCCUGUCUUAUAUGAAUCUGACAUAAUUUGAAAACCUGUGUAUAUAAGACAUCUGUGUAUACCAGACACCUGUGUAUACAAGACAUCUGUGUAUACCAGACACCUGUGUAUACAAGACAUCUGUGUAUACCAGACACCUGUAUAUACAAUACAUCUGUGUAUACCAGACACCUGUGUAUACCAGACACCUGUGUGUACCAGAGAAUUUGAAAAAGUGUCUUUUCCCAAAAGUGUAUUAUUGGUCCCAGUGGAGUUAUGUUUAGAGAGGUGUCGCUGUAAAAUGACAUCAUUUUCAGACGACAGGUGCUAUAACGAAAUCUAUUUUAUGCUGAAUAUAAUGUACGUUAUUGAAAUUCACAGACAUUCCGUUGUAUUUUUCUAAUAUUCAGUUAUUUGUCAGAAUGUGGAUAUAUUUACAUUCCAUCCGAUUUAUACUGGAUUCUGUGACAAUUUACUUGUAGAUUCUGUCAUAUAAAUCAUACAUGGCCUUCCCUCUGUAUAUCUGACUGAUUUGUUGAGAGCAUGAUUUUGUUUUGUGGGCAUGCAAUAGUGUUAAGUGGAUGUGUGAUAAUGUUUGCUUAAUGUAUAUCAGUUAAUUUCUGCUGAAACUUUUUGUUUUGAGAGCAUCCAUACAUAUUCUCAAGGAUUUCAUAUUUGUGAAGAUAUGGUUUUUGGCCUGAUUGCAACGCAAUCAGGGCUUACAGAUUGGCGAUUACCGUCCGUCCGUCCAUCCAUCUGUCUGCACUAAGGUUAAGAAGAAUGGCAUCCGUCCGUCCAACCAUCUGUCUGCACAAAGGUUAAGAAGAAUGGCUAAGCUCAGUUUCCAAUUACUAAUUAUCCCAAAUUAAUUAAACUUGCAUGGCUUUUGUAUCUAAGGAUGCAUAUCACGUGUGAUACUUGGGAUGCUGGUUCUGACCUAAUGAAUGGAAUUGGUCCCAUUAUUUAGAAUUGCAUAUUUGCAAUUCAUUCAUGAAAAAAUAAAAUAGUUUGUUAAUGAAAGUAAGAAAUGAUAAACUAGUGUUCACAUUUGAAGACAAUGACUGUAUUUCCAUCAAAUAAGGAAAAAAAAAUACAGUUGUUCAUGACAGAAUAAGAACACUCAAGCUCAGAAAAAAUAAUUCCAAAAAAUGUGGAAAAUUAUACAUUUCAUAUCAAAUAAAUAACUUAUUAGAUAUUGGUAGAUCCAUGUUACCUCAAAAUAUUUAUACAACACAAUAGAAAAGAACACAGCAUAAGUGUAAAAUUCUUUUUAUUUCUGAGUAAUCUCCCUUUGAUAGUUUUUUUUCUGGUCAUUUUCCUUUCAAAAUAGCAUCAAGUCAAAAAGCUGAUAUUAUCCCUAACACAAACACUUAAAGCAUACCUAUAAACAGACCUGCUCAUCAACAUGAUAGACAGCCUGGGUACAAGGCAUUUUGGGAAAAUUUGAAUGAUGAACCUAAAUUAAGGCAAAGGGUUUGGAUUCUCUGUCCUAAAAAGGAUAGGGGAUGCUUAUAAGGAAUGAGAGGAUUUGAUCCAAAAAGGAAAUGGGGUGUUUAUAAGGAAUGGGACGUAUGGAUCCAAAAAGGAUAGGGGAUGAUGGGACAAUCCGACCCAAAAAACAUAGGGGUGUUUAUAAGGAAUGGGACACAUUGAUCCAAAAAGGAUAGGGCAGUGCUUAUAACGAAUGGGAUGUUAUGAUCAAAAAGGAUAGGGCAGUGCUUAUAACGAAUGGGAUGUUAUGAUCAAAAAGGAUAGGGCAGUGCUUAUAACGAAUGGGAUGUUAUGAUGAAAAAGGAUAGGGCAGUGCUUAUAACGAAUGGGAUGUUAUGAUCAAAAAAGGAUAGGGCGGUGCUUAUAAUGAAUGGGUCGCUGGUCACGUUAGACAGAUGGUCGCUUAAUACAGUAACUCUCUGAUCAGAGUGAUUGUGUAAUAUGUAUGUGUCAAUGAGAGUUACAAAGUGAUUGUAUGACAUGUAUGUGUCAAUGAGAGUUACAAAGUGAUUGUGUAACAUGUUUGUGUCAAUGAGAGUUACAAAGUGAUUAUGGAAAAUGUAUGUGUCAAUAACAGUCACAGAGUGAUUGUAUUAAGUGACCAUCUGUCCAACGUGACCAGCGACCACCGGAUACUGACCCCAAAAUUACGUUAAACAACCACAUUUGAUACAUUUUAGCGACCAUGUUUGACGAAAAUAUACCGUCGUUGAAAUAGUUGUGUAACUCUAAAUUUGUGACCAUCACCACAUUUGACAAAGGGUUACUUCACAAUCUUUUCACCAAGUUCAGUGAACAAAUUUGAUGAAAACCAAUUUCCUAACUUAUAAUAAAUUCAUUGAUGUGCAGAAUCAAAUAAACAAUCAUUUUUCUAACUGCCAAUAUUGUUGAUUUAGCAGUGAAAAUAUUCGUACUGAUAUUGAUCGCAGUGGUGUUUCUUUUUUUUCCCAGUAAGUUUGAAUUUUAAACUUUAUUUCUGGAAAGAUAUCUAUAUUUCUGGAAAGAUAUCUAUUCAUUGUUUUUAUAAUAUUUCUCUUUUCUGCCAUACUUGUCUGAGUUAUCUCCCAUCUGAGGUAUCUCACAUUACCUGUCUGAGUUACCUCCCAUCUGAGGUAUCUCAUGUUACCUGUCUGAGUAAUUACCUCCCAUCUGUGGUAUCUCAUGUUACCUGUCUGAGUUACCUCCAAACUGAGGUAUCUCACAUUACCUGUCUGAGUUAUCUCCCAUCUGAGGUAUCUCAUAAUACUUGUCUGAGUUAUCUCCCAUCUGAGGUAUCUCAUAAUACUUGUCUGAGUUAUCUCCAAUCUGAGUUAUCUCACGUUACCUGUCUGAGUUAUCUCCCAUCUGAGGAAUCUCACGUUAAUUGUCUGAGUUAUCUCCCAUGUGUUGUAUCUCACGUUACCUGUCUGAGUUACCUCCCAUCUGAGGUAUGUCCCAUUACCUGUCCAAGUUACCUCCCAUCUGAGGUAUGUCCCGUUACCUGUUUGAGUUACCUCCCAUCUGAGGUAUGUCCCGUUACCUGUCCAAGUUACCUCCCAUCUGAGGUAUCUCAGGCUACCUGUCUGAGUUAUCUCCCAUCUGAGGUAUCCCACGUUAUGUCUGAGCUAUCUCACGUUACCUGUCUGAGUUAUCUCCCAUGCCUGUUAUAGAGCUUAAAAACAACCUGGUAGAGGACAUGUCCCCGAAACAUUAUGUAUAUCAUUUACCUUCCAGGGAACAUUCAUGGUCAGCUGUUUACAAUCACUUCCCCUCCACCACCUGGUGGCCAAGUGGUUUAGGCGUCUGUCUGUCUACAAUCACUUGCCCUCCACAACUGGGUCAAGAGUUCAAGCCCUACUUUGGGCAUUUACCAGGAACUAACCACAGGUCAUUCAUGUUUUCCCCAGGUACUCCAGUUUUCCUCCACCACAAAACCUGGCAUGUUCUUAAAUGAUUACACAGCUGUUAAUAGGACAUAAAACACUAACAAACCAAACAAACUGAUUCAUAUUUACUAUUGUUACUUGACAUACAUUCCUGUGUGUAAAUAAUCAACCCUAUAUGAUUCCCCUAUAACACUAUACUAAUAUACAGGUUUUGUCAUCAUAAUAUUGCUGCUUUUUCCUGACUUUGUUUAUCAGUAUGGAUUUUUCAUUGUUUAGACAUCACAUAUUUUGAAUAUGUAAUUAAACAGCUGAAAACUCCUGAAGGGGGUAAAUGGAAAAAAUGAACUCAUCUGUCAAAACUUGAAUUCUUUAUUUCUUAGAUAUCUUGUUAUUUACCAGUUUUAAAACCUUUCUAUCAAUUGCGAAUAUCGAACAAACAAAACGCAUAAUAACUUUAAAGUGUACAGUUUAGUUGUAUAGAUUUACAUAAUUUAUAUAUAUUUUGUACCACAUAUAGUUUGAUUUUGACCAGAUUUAUGGUCAAUGAAUAUAUAUUUUUAAUGAUAAUCCAACAAGGUAAAAGGUCACUUGUGCUUCUUUGAAUCUGAUUGGCCAACAUGCUUCUUUGAAUCUGAUUGGCCAACAUGCUUCUUUGAAUCUGAUUGGCCAACGUGCUUCUUUGAAUCUGAUUGGCCAACAUGCUUCUUUGAAUCUGAUUGGCCAACAUGCUUCUUUGAAUCUGAUUGGCUAACAUGCUUCUUUGAAUCUGAUUGGCUAACGUGCUUCUUUGAAUCUGAUUGGCUAACAUGCUUCUAUGAAUCUGAUUGGCUGACAUGUCCUAGAGGGGAUAUUUUUUCUAUGAAUUUUUUACCUGUUGAGACAUUUGUAUCAGUUGAUAUGAGUUAUAUGUCCAGACUUUUUUUCUACUGUUUAUAUUUAUAUAAAAGUUUAUGUUGAAUAAAUUGUUUCGGAUUUUUUUUUUUGUAUAAUCUAUAAUGUACACGUAGAUUUAGCAUUAUUCUGGUGUUUUUUGUGAUUUUAAUAUUAUGCUAAAUUAUGAUUGUGGUUAUUGAAGUUUUUGUUUGUUUUUUAUUGCAAAAAGUGUGGUUGCACUAAUUAAUCAAUCUGCUUAUUUCUUAAUUUUCAUAAUGCACUAAGUUUUAGUUUUUAGUAUUCAAAAUGGCACACAACAUUUCAUCCAAGUAAAAUUGGAUACAAUAAUACAUCAAAGAAGGAAUUACAUUUUGUUACUGACAUAUAUAUGAGGUGUUAAUUGUGUAUAAUUUAGGGGAUUAUUAAUAUAUGUAUUGUUAUAUUAUAUUUUAUUGUGUUAUAUAGAUUUCUGACUUGUUACAGCGUUAAAUAAUGCUUCCAGCCAAUAUCCUAUGUCCCGAACAGGAAAUACAAGUAAAAACGUUUGUGUUUUGUGAGGUAUGGUUUGUGAUAGAAAGUAUGACAUUUAAUUUAUAACGCGUGACUUUUGUGAAAUGAUCUAUUUUUCGAUCGGCAGCCAACGCCUAAGAGUUUGUGAAAGUGAGAAAAACAAUCGCUUACCACUUAUAUAUAUUUAUGUUUUUUUUUUACAUUUAUGGAGAAUUGUACUAUAUAAUUGCAUGAAAUGUUCAGGGUAAAUGUUAUAUAAGGUUUCUAUGUUUCACAUUGCAAAACACAUUUUUUUUGUACCCUAGUUGAACGAAUCAAAAUCUUUCGGAUAAACCCAAUCAUUACAGUAAUAAUUGAAAAUAAGUAUAAUUAAUAAAAAAAAAUUGGCACCAAGAAUAGUUUAAGGUAACAUUGUAUGUUACUGUUGUCGAUUUAUCAGCAUUUCUCAUUGUACUCGAAUGUUCGGAAAAAACAAAAAAUAAGCAAACAUACAUGUUGUGAGUUCUAUAUACAUCUUUGUGAUCAUAGGGCGAUUUUUUUUAUCUAAAUAUAAGAGGAAUGUUAACCCUUUCACCCCUAUGCAACUUUAGUAGACUCUCCCAUGUUGCAUUUCUCUUUCUCCUGUUAAAAUACAAUGCCACAUGCAGAGAUACUAUAUCUCAUUAAGGCUAACUUCCUCGUGAAAUGUUUUUACACAAUGCACUUAUGUAUCCAACCUUCGAUGAACACCUAGGGGUGGUAUUAUCGCCUGUUGAUGCCACAAACAGGGGUAACUCAUGUCACCAACACGGGUAACUAGUUAGAUUAUGUCUAUUCUAUGUUUGUGCAGUCAUCUGCUAGUGUCGCACUGUAUAUGAAUCCAAUUUUAUUACCUCAUUUAAUUGUCAGAUUGAUUGUUAAUUUAAAUGUGUAUUGUUCUUAAACAAUUAAAUGCAUGACUGUUCACGAAACAGAACCACAAAUGAAAUAUUUUUAAAAAUGAACAAAUCAAACUCUUCAUAUUGAAAUAUUCUGCUGUGUUAUUGAUUUAAAAGCUUAAACACUUGAAAUAAAACAAUUUUAAAUGCA